AUGAGCGGCGACAACUUUGAUGUCAAGCUGUUGAAACGGUCUUUGGGGGAGGCAAGAAUAGGCCGGUCUGUGAAGACAUUGUAUGGUGACAAAACAUGGGUUCAUGAUCUGGAUAUCAUCAACGAGCUGGGAGCUCAUACCGGUUGCGUCAAUGCUCUGAGCUGGUCUUCAAGUGGCAACCUCCUCGCCUCGGGUUCCGACGAUACCUAUCUCAACAUCUGGGACUACAAUCCGUCCGCACUGGCCAAACCCUUCACUCUGAAUACGAGUGUGAGCACCGGUCAUCGUGCCAACAUUUUUUCCGUCAAGUUCAUGCCUCACUCGAACGAUCGCACCGUGGUGACUUGCGCAGGAGACUCCGAGGUGCGCGUAUUCGACCUUGAAUAUGGAGUUGCAGCGAGCAGUGGCUCUGCCGAUUCGACCCUUUCCGCAAGCACAAGAAGUCGGAGGUUCAAUAACUUUUUCGGCCACGCUAGAUGGCUGAACGAAGGCAAUACGAAUGCUCGGGUGUAUCGAAGCCAUGCAGACCGGGUCAAACGCAUUGUAACAGAGUCAAGUCCUCAUCUCUUCUUGACCUGUUCCGAGGAUGGAGAGGUACGCCAGUGGGAUCUCAGACAGCCCUCGUCAGCAUACCCGCCUCCCCAGGGAGGGCGAGGGUAUUCCAGGUUUCGUGCAAGCGCAGAGAGUGAAGUCGGUGAUCCGCCUGCGCCGCUCAUUUCCUACAAGAGAUAUGGUCUGGAUUUGAACACCAUCUCCUGUGCAUCCAGUCAGCCACAAUACAUCGCACUCGGUGGAGCUCAUCUUCAUUGCUUUUUGCACGACCGACGCAUGCUUGGUCGAGAUCUAGGUGCAGAGAAAGGACGUCCUGAAACCCGGAAACCUGUCGUUGGAACCUACGAAGAUGAGGCAAUGGCAGAAGCUACAAGGUGUGUACGGCGCUUUGCCCCCAACAACAAGCGCAAGAUGAGUCCAAAUGACCAUGGUCAUAUCACGGCUUGCAAAAUCAGUAACGCCAAUCCCAACGAGAUGAUCGCUUCGUGGUCCGCAGAUUAUAUUUACAGCUUUGACAUUGUCAAGUCUCCCGAUGCGAGAGAUGCCGAUGUCAGAGCAGAUGAGGCUUUUCACUCCAGUCGUCUGAGAAACCAAUCUGAGCGCAAGAGGAAAAGAGGGAAGGCAAAUGCUUCCUCAAGUAGUUUGGCAGAAUCGGCCAAUCCUAGUAGACGACUACGGCGCAUUUCGGACAACGAGGUACAAGAAGGACAUCCCGCUUUACUGGCACGUUACGAGGAAGGACAAGCCGAGUUGAUUCGCCUUCCUGUCCAUCCUUCCGUUCCGACCUUGGAGCACACGUCUUCCCAAAAUCACUUGCUCUCGGAGGCUCUGAGAUCGAGUGAGCGAGUGGCAAGAUCACUGGUUCGUCUGCGAAAGACAUUGUUCGACUUUUCCUCCUUACUACAUGCAGAUACGGCAUUGUUAAUGGAGAACUCCUCAGAUCUUACACCCCAUACUGCAGUGUUCACUUCGGCACUAGGCCAGUGUGCUUCUCUCCUCCCUCAGAUGGAAGAGACCAUGCGGACCUGGUCCUAUCCAAUAAAUCCGACGGAGGAAGACGUCAUAUUCCAAAACACUUUGAGAAAGAACCGUCAGGCAAGCUGGCGUUUUGUCCAAGCAGCAGGCUGCCUGGCUAGAUGUCUGGGAGGUCGUCUGCAGAGCCUGAGUUCUGCUGCAGACGUUCGGUUGACUUAUUUCGACCAGAUCAAGCCCGCUGCUCAUGAAGGCAAAAAUAUCCUCCCUCAAUCGAGGUUCUGUUAUGAUUUCUUGAAAGCCGUGCUUCUUUGGUUGGACGGGGGUCAGGAGGCCGUCUUGCAGGGAUUCAAGAGACCCGCCAAUGUGAGUGGUGAAAGCCCGCGCUUUCCGCUUGAUCAGGACGACACGGUAGACACCUUCGUGGCAAAACUUGAAUCAUACCUCUGCGAUGUCGCAGACGACAGCGUGUCAAUCCCCGACUUAGACACAAACAGAUUCGAGCGCAACGAAACACGAGUGGUGUUUGAAAGUCAAAAGUCGGCCGUGAAGGCGUUUAUGAGGGGCCUUGCCAGUAUCAGACUGGAGACAAGACAGGGCAUGUCGGAAAUACAGACAGAGUCCUCUAGCCCCGACACCACUAUCCGGGUGAUGGAUAAAGGGGCUGCAGCACGAUUCUGGGGUGUCAAGGUUGGCCGCGCUCUUCUGCUGCGCGCCGCUGAAGGGGUCACAUUUGAUUUUGUCAAUCGUGCCUUUGGAGGCUUGGGAGUGCAGGCCUUGCCUGAAUCGGAAAGAGCAGAGCGGUCACAAGAAGACAUCGAUCCUGAUGAGGAAGAACGCCUGGUGGAAGCCAUUGACAUUGUGAGGACUGACGCGUCAACAGCGUCUAUGGUCGAUGACCGUGCAUCUGAUUCAAUAUCGGCGUUGCCGCAGACGACUCGUGGCACCGCCGAGAGAUCGAGUCAUUUCGACGUUGAGAUGAGCACGCCUCUUACAAUACACAUCGAGGAUGCUGUUGAGGAUGAAGACCGGGAUGUUCACGACGAGGAUGAUGACGAGGACAACAACGAAGAUGAGGAUGAGGAGUCCGAACACUCUGAUUCGGAUGAAGAUGAUGACGAUGCUCCAGAGCAGAUGCUAUUCCGUCGGCGGGCAGGAUUUGUACGGUCUCGUGAACGGGCCUUGGUGAAUCUCCACGUGCCGUACUCAUCUCACACCAAAAUGUACAAGGGUCAUUGCAAUACCCGUACAGUCAAGGAUGUGAAUUAUUACGGCUUGGACGACGAGUAUGUGGUUAGUGGGUCGGACGAUGGCCAUUUUUUCAUUUGGGAUCGGAAAACCACCCAGAUCCUCAACAUCUUAGAGGGAGAUGGCGAGGUGGUCAAUGUGGUCCAGGGUCAUCCGUACGAACCGAUGAUUGCUUGCAGCGGCAUUGACAGCACGGUCAAGAUAUUUGGCACCGGCGGGGACAGUCGAGAACGCGAGAAAGCUGAGCGAGGAAUUGACGUUGCCAACCCCGGCGGCGGAAGUGAUGCGGCGGCAGAGGAGGACGGAAAUUCGUCCAAACGGCUCAGGAGUCGACGAGCAAUGCAUCGCAGCUAUGAAAUCAUCACCCAGAACGACGUGGAACGGACACGCGGUGCUGGAGACACGUAUGUCACGGAGGGGAUGCUGGCUCGACUGGCCAUGGCUUUACAACGAGGCCAAAUCGAAGCGAUCGGAGGGCACGGGUUUGGGGCGACCGAAGGCACCAAUUUUGUCGUGGACGAGAAUUGCCAGGUGAUGUAG